AAGUCGGCAUCCCGAUCGAUAUAAAGGAAGGAAGAUGGCUUUUCCAGUGCUUAGAAUUGAAAGGGCCAGGGAAAGGGAUCUUCUUCUUGAUCGCAGCAGUCAACGCCAAAGUAAAACUUGGAUUACUUCUCCAAACACUUUGCAAACAUGUUUCCCGUAUCGGACGAGUUCGUCAACUCGCCAACCCCGCCACAGUCCGAUGAUGACUGCAAAUCUAUUCAGAGCGAAGUGGAAGACACCAUCAUGGAUGUUGAUAAUGCAUGCUCGCCUCCUGAAUCCCCACUAUCACAGCCCUAUUCAUCGCCGGGUGGCCUUGCCACUCCGCGUGCCCAGUCUCGGCAAUGCGCGUCUGGAAAUCUCGAAUCGCUCGUGCCAGGAAGUCGAAUGCGCAUGCGACCCUUCCUCGAGCAUCUGCUGUCGUCAGGCGAUGUCGACGGCUUGGAGUAUGUGGAUCGGAAGGAGCGGACCUUUCGCAUGCCCUGGAAGCAUGCGAAGAGUUCUGGAUACGAGGGCAUCAAAGACGGAAAGCUCUUCAAACUCUGGGCGUUGAACACGGGUAAACUAUCGCCGGACAAGAUGGAGCAGAGAGAUCAGCCGCUGUGGAAGGUGAACUUUCGCUGCGCCCUCAAGAACGUCCAGAACACAGUGGUAGAGAUCGGAGAAGGCUUCGUGGACGGCGACUACAAGACGUUCCAGUUCAAAAGCGACGAACUGAGCGAUGAGGAGACGCGCAUGCUGCUGGAAGAAGCGUUGCCAGAGCAAGGGCAAACAUUGCCACUGCAACAACAACAACAGCAACAGCAACAACAGCAGCCACGUCCUACAAGCUUGCCGUGGGUCUGGCCUUCGUGCCCUGGUGCCGUGCGUCCUAAUCCUGGCACACACUGCAUCCAGCGUCCAGUACGUCACCAGCCAUACCCAGUGGCCACACAGGGCCCAAAAAAACAAUUUUUGGCGUUGCUGGAGCCGGACACGCAAACGAAUAGCUAUGAUGCGCUGAGCGACUUGACGAGUGCUGUGGCGGGCAAUGGCGCAGCGGUGUCGGUGACUGGUGUAACGCCAGGAUCCAUGGCCGCGCCCAACGUCCCAGGCAGUCUUGACUUGAGUAUGUCAGGACCCGGCUUCCACGCAGCGUCUCCACAGGUCGCAGCAGGUUAUUCCAGCGGCCUUGCAAAAGCUACCCACCUGCAACAACAACACCAGCAGCAUCUUCACCCAGCCAUGACUUCUAUGUCGCAGCCAACGCCUCAGCAGAUUGCUUCAUCACCAUUGACCAACCCCAUGGCCAUGUCAGUCAUGGAUCCUACUCAUUCGAUAUGGCCAGCCGCCGCAACUGCCCAAGCCACCACUGGAGCGAGCAUAACGGAGGUUUCAGCGACGGCCCCGAUCGCCGGCAGCUGGGACACACAGAGCACAGUCCUGUCCACCUUUCCUCAACACUAUCUGAAUCGAUUCCUGACAAUUCCAACGCCUCAAAACCUGGUGUCGUACGAGAUGUACGUCAAGGUGGCGUACCGCAGCUGCGCCAUGGCCGCCAUGCGCAUCGCUCACCGCGACGGCUGCCGUCUGUUCUACGGCCACCCGCCGCCGCGUAACUCUCUCGACGCCGUCACGCAGGAGCGUCUCUUCGGCUCCAGGAAGCUGCUGCAGCUGAGCUUGCCCCCGCCGCGCACCGCCCAGAGCAUCCUGCCGUCGAUGUGGAAGGUCCUGGAGCACACGCACCGCGGUAUUAUUCUUCAGAUGGAUAACAAUGAUGUAUACGCCACACGCCUGUGCCCCGCAACUACAUACUACCAGAGCCAGGACGGCGACGUCAUCGCAUUGGAGCGGUGCGUGCGCACGCUUAUCUUCAGCUUUGAGCGCUUCCUCGCCACGUACGAGCGCUACAAGAAUCUCCCGGCAGCAAGCGGGCGUUUGACUGCCCGUGAGCCGCCGUGCUACGAGAUCCUGAUGAGCAUCGGGCAGCACUGGGGCCCGGAGCGCAUGCGCGACAACAACCUCAUCUCGCUCAACAUCACGCACUGUCUCGGCGAGAAGAUGAUCGAGUCGCUGCGCCAGGAGUACUUCAAGCAGAGGGCGCCAUUCGACACCGACUACAUGUCGGUGGAUGACAUGGACGAGGACGACCGACGGGCGAGGGAGGCAAUGGCCGCCGCUCUGCAAAGCCAACACAAGGCAUCGCUGGCCGGAGCUCAGGACCCGAUGCUGCAGAGCGGCUCCGGUGGUCGCAAUCGAGGUGCCGCAGCCGUGGCCGCAUCCGGGAGUGGCGGUGGCGGUGGUACAACUGCCAAGAACAUGCGCAAGACCAAGGAGAAGCGCUCCAACGCCAAGCAAGUGGCCAAAGCGCUGCCCGCAAUCACCGUUGCAAACUAGCAAGCGAGCUCUCUGCCUUCUCUAGUGACCAUAGGCAUAGUUCCUGAUUUGUUGACCCCGAAGUACUUGUAGGAAAUCUUGAGAUACAAACUGUACAAUGUGGAACAUACAUUAUUUUUAGUUGAUAUCGAUUAAUUUUAGCAUUGGACACUAUUUUGACACCAGUAACAUUAUGUGGCUCAACAGAUACGCGUAAUCCUACUUGUAUGUAUGACGCCUUGUUUCUAGCUGCAUUGCUAACUGGACGGUGAUCAGCCAUGCACGUGCCAGUGGCCUUGAGAGGCUCAGUGAGAUCAGACUCGUGUUACAUGUAUCUGCUAGUGCUCUAUAUUGAUUGAGUGUGCUCCUCCAGACUCUGUGAUUAUGAGAAUGUCUAUUAUUUGAAACGA